AUGUCGGCUGUUGGCGAAGUAGCAGACCCAUCAAUGGGGAUGGUAAAAGCAACGGCUAUUAUCCGAGAUGAUGACGGGAUUAUCACUGUGAGCAGCGAUAAUUCAGUCCGUGUCUGGCUCAAGAGAUCAAAUGGGCAGUACUGGCCUUCUGUAUGUCAUUUUCUUACAAGCGCUGGCCGAAAGUUAAAGAUCGAUCAUGAAUCUCGCCUGGUGUUCAUCGGACAAGAAAGCGGGACAGUCCAAAUGUUCGAACUCUCGGAAGACCUAAAUGUCCUCGCUUCGAAACGAGUAUUCAACGCACACAAUGUUCCAGUAAAUGACCUGGUUUUGUGCAAGAAGAAAAACUGGAUAAUUUCCGGCGGUGCGGAUGGAACCAUCAGCAUUUCAGAGAUCGGUUCCGGAGUCAAAGUUAGCGACUUCAGUUGUACAAUUGUGCCGAAAAAUAUUGAUAUCGACGCAGAUAGUGGAGUUUUGUUUUGCGGUACAUCUGAAGGCUCUAUCAUCCUCGUUCGCAUUUCUUCCGACGGAGUAUGUAGCGAAGUCAAUAAGCUACAGGGACACACUUCAGAGAUAACUUCAAUUCUUUGGGAGCCAAAUACGAAUUUCCUCUUCUCCUGUUCGACGGACAAAACGAUCAUGUGCUGGGACAUUGGUGGAAAGAAGGGCCUUUUCUUGCGACUUCAAGGACAUCAAGACAUACCUAUCAAUUUAAGUUUCAAAGACAUGUCACUGUACUCAAUCGGUAGCAAUGGAGGAAUCGUCCGCUGGGACAUGACGAAACAAAGGAGUCCUCCGCCUGAGUGGACGGAAUCCGACUCUUGUGAAAUCUGCAAAGGCCCCUUCUUCUGGAAUUUCAAACAAAUGUGGGAGGAAAAAACAAUGGGCAAACGACAGCACCACUGUAGAAAAUGCGGAAAAGCGCUUUGCGCAAAAUGCGCUAGCAACCAAACUGUCAUGCCAAAACUCGGUUUCGAGUUUGUCCCAGUCAGAGUUUGUAAAGAAUGCCACGAUUCAGUAUCCGACGCCGAUAAAACCCCUCUUGCCAAACACGCAGCGCUGAAUCGACAGUGUUUGAAUAUCGAAGUGGACCACAGUAUGCGACGCGUAGCGACAAUCAACCGAAACAAGUCGAUAUCUCUUUUCAAUCUCGAGCUCUAA